GAUUUAUGAGACUGUGGUCUGUGGAGGUUCAUAAACUGUGCAAGUGCAACUACAAACUAGAAAGUUUUAUCUUUUGGUUUCAUUCUCAGGUUGGUUUAGCAGAAACAGAAGAUCCUCCUAUGGAAGUUGUCAAUGGGUAGUGUGGCAACAAGCUUAGAAUUUGAUCUUGAUAUUGGCCUAAUGGGGUCUCUUUAUGGCCUUCCUGGAACCACUAAAAUGAGUUUUUGAGUUAUAAUGGUGAUGGUGGAGGAGGUGCAAGAGUGUGAAACAAGUUGGAUAACUACACCAUUUCUUGGCCUUCAUGCAGCUCUUGGUGUAUAAAGAUGGAAGGUUCAUCUGGGUCUACUUGGCACAAGUCUUUCAGUUCUAGGGCAUUAGAUGCUUCUGGAGGCUCAGUCAUGAACCCAAGGCCUCAUUCUUCUGAAAGAAACACCUUCUCUGGUGAGGCUUCUCAAGAUUCUUACUUCAUAAAUGAAAGAGACAGGGUUGUGUUAGCUCAAGAUGAUCAGUCCAAAAUCCUUGGUGGUUUUUCUGGUGUUUGUGAGGAUGGAGUAGGGGUUGACCCUUUUGUUUGUACUAUGGAUUGUGGUGAUAUUAGCUUGAGGCUAUGGUUAGAUAAACCUGAACGAUCAGUGGAUGUCUUUGAAUGCUUACACAUAUUUAGGCAAAUAGUAGACAUUGUUACUGUGGCCCAUUCUCAAGGAAUUGUUGUUCAUAAUGUGAGGCCCUCUUGCUUUGUCAUGUCAUCUUUCAAUCAUGUCUCAUUUAUUGAGUCAGCAUCUUGUUCAGACUCCUACUCUGAUACUUUAGAAGAAGAUGGAUUAAACAGCCAAGCUGUUGAGAUUAAACUUCCAACAUCUAUCUGUCCCCAUGAUAUGCAUCAGGAGAGAUGUUUAGGAAGUGAUGAUUUUGCACCUGUCAAGACUUCAACAACUGCUUUGUCAGACUCUAGUUGCAUGCUGUCAAGUGCCGUGUUUGCAGCGCCUGCAUCGUUAAUAGAAGAUACAGAAGAAAAUAAAAUGAAAGACAGGAGAAUGGCUGAGGAAGUAGAAGGAAAGAAGCAAUCAUUUCCAAUGAAACAGGUACUACUGAUGGAGUCGAGUUGGUAUACUAGUCCUGAAGAGGUAGCUGGUACUCCAAGUUCCUGUGCUUCGGACGUUUACCGAUUGGGGGUUCUCCUUUUUGAGCUAUUCUGUCCACUCAGCUCAAGAGAAGAAAAGAGCAGAACUAUGUCUAGCCUUAGACAUAGAGUUCUUCCUCCACAGGUACUUGUAAUGUGGCCUAAAGAAGCUUCAUUUUGCUUAUGGUUAUUACAUCCUGAGCCUAGUAGUCGUCCAACAUUGGGGGAGUUGUUGCAGAGUGAGUUUCUUAAUGAACCCAGAGAUGAUAUAGAAGAGCGUGAAGCAGCAAUAGAACUUAGAGAAAGGAUAGAGAGUCAGGAGUUGUUGCUAGAAUUCCUUUCAUUAAUUCAACAGAAAAAAGGGGAAGCCGCUGAGAAGUUGCAACGUACAGUGUCUUUUCUGUGUUCAGAUAUUGAAGAAGUGACUCAGCAGCAAACUAUAUUUAAAAAGAUAACUGGCACUGGACUACGGAAUGAUGAUUGUUCAGCUUCAAGUUUCCCAUCUCCGGCAACUGUUGACAGUGAGGAUUCUGCUUGUCUAGGGACCAGAAAACGGGUAAGACCAGGUCCGUGUGUUAACAACACUGAGGGAUGUGAUAAUAACAGAGUUGAUGAUAAGAAAAAUCAUGGAAGUGUUCUUUCCCGAAGUUCACGGCUUUUGAAGAACUUCAAGAAACUAGAGUCAGCGUACUUUUUGACACGAUGCAGAUCAACCAGAGGGUCUGUCAUUGUGUCUGAAAGUUGUAUCAAUAAAGUAGCAUCGAAAGAGCAGUACAGGGAGGGAAAAUGUCCUUGGAUAAAUCCUUUCCUUGAGGGUUUGCGCAAGUACCUAUCAUUCAGUGAGUUAAAGGUUAAGGCUGACCUGAAACAAGGAGAUCUUUUGCAGUCUUCCAACCUGGUCUGCUCACUCAGUUUUGAUCGCGAUGCAGAAUUUUUUGCUACAGCAGGCGUAAAUAAGAAAAUUAAAGUUUUUGAAUGUGACACAACCAUAAAUGAAGAUCGUGAUAUCCACUAUCCAGUAGCGGAGAUGGUUAGCUGGUCAAAGUUGAGCAGUGUAUGUUGGAAUACUUACAUCAAAAGUCAAAUUGCUUCAAGUAACUUUGAAGGUGUUGUACAGUUAUGGGAUGUGACAAGAAGUCAAGUGCAGUCUGAAAUGAGGGAGCACGAGCAACGGGUAUGGUCCAUUGAUUUCUCAUCAGCAGACCCAACAAUCUUGGCAAGUGGGAGCGAUGACGGUUCUGUCAAGCUAUGGAGUAUCAAUCAGGCAAUUCCAUUUUUGCACUUGGGAGUUAGUGUUGGUACCAUCAAAACAAAUGCAAAUGUGUGCUGUGUUCAGUUUCCCAUGGACUUUGCUCAUUUCCUUGCAUUUGGUUCAGCAGAUCAUCAAAUAUAUUACUAUGAUCUUCGCAACCUGAAAAUGCCUCUUUGUACAUUAGUUGGACAUAAUAGGACAGUGAGCUACAUCAAAUUCGUGGACAGUGUGAGCCUAGUCUCGGCAUCCACAGAUAACACUUUGAAACUUUGGGAUUUGUCCAUGUGCGCUUCCCGUGUUAUAGACUCGCCGAUUCAAUCAUUCACCGGUCACAUGAAUGUUAAGAACUUCGUGGGGUUGUCUGUGUCCGAUGGUUACAUUGCUACUGGUUCAGAGACAAACGAGGUGUUCAUAUAUCACAAGGCUUUUCCCAUGCCAGCAUUGUCAUUCAAGUUUAACAAUAGGGAUCCAAUUUCUGGGAAUGAAGUGGAUGAUUCUGCACAUUUCAUCUCUUCUGUUUGUUGGCGUGGUCAAUCUUCCACCUUACUUGCUGCAAAUUCCACUGGGAAUGUCAAAAUUCUUGAGAUGACUUAAGUUGGCCUCUACUUUGAAGCAAAUAUACAAACAAGGGUUUGUUGUGCAUGAGGUUACUAAUUCCAUGAUUAUUACUUGUAACAUAAAUUUUUGCAUUAGAUCAUAGCGGAAGCAGUGAGAGAAUAGAGUGACAUUGAUCUCAUUUAAGAGUGUUUUGUAGAUAAAAUUCUAUAUGGAAGAAAGGAAAGGUGAAAAAAAAUAUAUCAAAAUUUGUUACGGUUAUGAUCCUUAUUUAAUUUAUAGAUGCAUUUU